AUGGAUUUGCAUUCAAGAGAGAAAGAUUGUAUUGAUAAUUUGAAGAAGUGGUUAAAAAUUGAUGAGGAAGCAUGGAAGCAGAAAUCCAGAAUACAAUGGCUUUCCUCUGGUGAUUCUAAUAGUAAGUUUUUCUUUGCUUCUGUUAAACAAAGAAGGCAUAUUAACAGAAUCAUCUUUUUGUAUGAUGAUGCUGGGAUUAAGCUUACUAAUCCUGUGACAUCACUAAAGAGAUUGUGGGCUUCUAUAAAAAUCAUCUUGGCUCUGCUGCUGAAGCUUUACCUAUGGCUGAUCUUGGGAUUCUUAGCUCCUGGUUUGGAUGGAUAUAAUUCAGUUUUCUUCAAAAAAAAAACUUGGAAUAUAGUCAAAGAUGAUAUUUAUGCUGCUGCGAUGGAUUUCUUUGAUAAUAACAAGAUGUGCUCCAAAGUCAAUAUCACUGCUGUUACUCUUGUUCCUAAGGUUAAAAAUGCUUCUCAUGUGAAGUCUUUUAGACCUAUAGCCUGUUUGCUCUGUUGUGUAUAA